AUGAGGAACCCGCCCGGCCGGCACCUCCUGCGCGUCGCCACCCGCGCCGUGCGCUCCUCGUCCGGGCUCGGCGGCUCCGGCGCCGGGGCCUCCACGUCCGCCACGUCCCCCGGCGCCGCCUCGUCCGGGGGCCGCCCGCGUAGCCGAGGCGGCGGCGGCGGCGGCGGCAUGCUCCUGCGGGCCACGUCCCCGCCCCCGCCCUCCGCCGUCGCGGCCGCCGCGUGCUGGGAGUCCCGCACGCUGCGCCGCGACGGGGAGGACGACUGGGAGGAGGUCGUCGUCGCCGCCGCGGGCGACGGCGCGGCCCCGGGCGCCGGCGAUGCGGAGGUGGACAGCGACUACAGGGUCGUGUUCUGGUCCCCGCCCACCGGGGACGAAGUCCGCGCCGCCUUCUCUAGCAUCCAGGAGGUGUUUGAGGGUUCUUAUUAUGAUGUGAAUUCAAAUGAAACUGAGAAACAACUAGCAUUGCUGUCCAACUCAGAGCAUUCUUCAUCAACCAAUUCAUCAGGAUCAGACGAUUGGGUCGAACCUGCUGCAUAUGUUCUCAACUCUACUGCUCUUCUGACCAGGGAGCAUAGGAAUGUUUUGGAUGCCUUCCGUCUAUUGCAAAGAGACCCUAAUGUUCAGAAAAUGGUUAUGUCCUUGUCAUGUGAUAGGACUGUCUGGGAUGCUGUAAUGAAUAACGAAGCAGUGCAAGAAUUCAGGAGAUCUUUUCAGGAUGGCAAAGAAGUUAAUAGAAAGGGAAACUCUUGUGGCCCUGCUGCAGUGCUUAAGUGGAUCCUAGCCAACACCCAGGCAAAGAUAACGGAAUUCUUCGAUAAUAUAGCGAAGAUUGUCAGCAUGCUCUUCCACCCUCAAAGCGAUGAAGAUAAGCCCGAUCUGUACAGCGAUGCAGUGAAGGUGUCCUUCAUGCUCUCGGUGUUCGUCUUCAUCGUGGUGGCGGUUGCUCGUACCAAUUAUGAGCCGUGGGAUUUCGAAGUGUGGUGA